AUGUCGCCUAUAUCACAGAAGACGUAUCCCUCCUUCAAGAAUCUCUACAAAGCACUUCACAAGGAGCUUGUCGUGAUUCAGAACAGAACCGACGCUAUCCAUGCUGCGAAAGACAUUGAAAAGCAGAUCGCCUUGUUGCAGUACAAGAAGUUGAACCACAUUAGAGAGAACAAAGACGUGAAAGAAAUCAAUAGCCAAAUCGAGAAGUUGAUGAAGGGAGAAUUUGAAGAAUCAAAAGAGUUUAAGCACAAACACUUGAUCAAGCAGUUUGUAGAUGCUGGUGAAAGUAAAGACUUGGUGCAACAUAAGUACAAGUUGAACAACAUGGCCAACGUGGUUACCUUCCUCAACAGUCAGAGAGUCUACACCGAGUUGCUCGAGAGAUAUAAUCCUGGGUUAACCAUGAAGCAGGACGAUAACGUCAGAAGAACUGCCAACAGGGUCGGGCUUUCCGUGCCAGAGUAA